AUGGAGCCCGGCGGGGAAGCGCUCGGCCGCCGCCUCCAGCGCUGGGCGGCGGGCGGGGGGGGCGCCAUGGCGGAUCCCGGCGCGGAUGGAGCUUUAACAUUUGAUUUUGGAUGGGAUUUAGAAGAAGAACGUUGGGCGUUGAAAGAAGAUCAAAAGCUAUUUCGGAGUAAGGCACAGAAAUAUUUGAUAGAGACAAACAGAAGAAGAAGAGCCUUUGAAGAAAGACGGAAGCAAAAAGAAGAAAAAGAACAAAGACUUAGAGAACAAGUUCUGCAACAGAGGAGAAUUAAGCUUCAGGAAGCAACUGAGAGGUUCCAGCGUGCUCAUCUGCCUGAUUCUCAGCACAAACAAAUAGCUCUAGUCCAGACAAAAGCAGCUUUUCAGCUAGAAGAAGCUCUUGAACAAAUUAAAGGAUCCGUUUUAACAUCAGGAUUGUACUUGCCCAGCAGAAACAAAACGACCUUCAGAGCUACAGAUGACACUUCAUCCACAUCGGCAUCUAGAAACGGUUAUUCCCAUCAGGAGCAGAUUUCGGCAAUGGUUGGCUGCGAUAACACAAUGCAGGAGAGCAGUACAAGCAUGGAUAGUAACCAACUUCUAUUCCAGAAAAAUCUGAAAGAAAUGCAGCAACUCCUAGAAAAACAGCAUCUCAGCAACUUAGAGAAUUUUCAUCAAGAAGUUGAGAAAACAGACGAUUCAGAGAGUUUAUCAAGUCUUGACAGUCUUGAGGCUGGGGAACAAAAUGGAAAUUGCACACCACCAAGUGAAUCACCUUUGACUACACAGUGUGACUGUGCCCAGUAUAAUCCUGGAAAAUCACAGACCAGGAGCAAUGAUUUGAUUUAUGCAACUGAAAAUACUUCUAAAAACAUACACCUAAAUAAUUGUCAGAGAAAUUUAGAUUCCCAAAACAGCCACAACAACUUACCUGUUCAUGAUCUUUUAGCUAAACAUAACAUUCUAAUUCUUGCUGAACAUGUAAACAGUUCAGGAGAGGAAUCAUCUGUUGCUCACAGAUCUGAAAAAAAAGCUGCAGAGUUCUUUACUUCUGGUAAUCAAGAAAGCUCUGUAAAUAAAGCAUUUACUUUUCUGCAAAAUAUAAAAGAAGAAAGAAGGAAUCCAUCUUCUGGAACGGCCAGCACAUUGACCACUGGUCAUCCUGUUUUCAGUCCUAGCAAAGCCUGGGCCAGCCCUGGUUCUAUUCCAGGAGAAAGAAUUCAGGAUCUGAUGCAAGAACAGAGCUUUAAAAUGACGCCACAAAACAGAAGUAAAUCUGUGCAAACCUUCAGUGAACCUAUUGCAACAUCUGGAAUCUUGUUUCCUAAUCAGAGGUGUUCCACUGGUGUUCCCAGCACAGCUGAUACGUUGCCAAAGGACAAAAACAUUAGUAAAGAUUUUUUUAAAAAUACUUUGGGAAAAGUGAUUGAAACAAAAGAAGAAAACAUUAGAUGUGUUGAUGACCUUGACCAAGGAUCAUCUUUAUUUCAGGAUGCCUCAGUUCUGUGCAAUGUUAAGCAACAGAAUAACAAGGAGGAAGAAAAGGCGAAUGCGGUUGAAACUAUGUCACUGGUGUCUGAUACAGAGUUCAGUUUUGGCAUUCCUGCACAUCACAAAACCCUGAAAAACAAUAUUUACGACAGAAAAAGAGCAAAACUAUUCAGAAGUAUCUUAAAGAAGGAAUCUAAAUAUGAACCCAGUCAUUUCAAAGCUGUGGUUAUGAACCAUGGGAUCAGUUUUGGAGCUCGACCUGUGUCGUCUAUCAGAGACAGUUUGGAACUGGCAAAAAUGAAGAAGAAAAGUGCAGAAAAUGAAAAAAACAAUAGGAAACUAAGAUGGUGUGAUCAGAUUAACAAGAUAAUAACGGAAAAUGAUGAGAAACGCUAUGAAAAAAAUACCAGUGAAAUAUCUUCUGCACAGCUGCAAUGUCUUCAAACUGCAAGUGAUGCUCCUUGGACUAAUUUAAAUAUGGUUGUUCACUCUUCAAACACCACAUUCACAAGAAAUCACCAGGAAAAUUCUCAUAUAUCAAAACCAAAUGUUAAUUCUGGAACAUCAAAUAAAGAGUGCGUGUCUCUGAAUACGUUUAUGUCUACUGGAUCCUCUUUUGCUAAAAAAGCUUGGGUGGUAUCAAAAGAUGAAGAAGGCAAACCCCCAGUAUGUAAUAACAAAUCUAAAAUUUACAGAGGUAAUCAACACAAAAAUAAGCCAAAAAUAACCAGAAGACCAAGACCCGUAAGAGCCCAGUCGGGUUUUAUGCUGAAGAACAGAAGAGGCACUCUGGUCUAUCCACAGUCGGCCGCUGAAGCCAACACAAUUCCAGCAGCUCGAGGCAGGGUGCUGGUACCUUACCCACCACCUGCACCUACAAUGGGAAACACAAGUGGCAAAACCAUGGUCAGCCUGGGGUUUCAGCCACAGCCUUCCUCCAGUCUUCAAGCUGCCACUACAAAUGGUGCUAUUCAGCAUCAUGUGUCACAUUACAAUAAUUCACAUAUAACUAAAUGGCAACCUUUUAAAGCUCCUGUAUCCUGUAUUACUGCUGGUGAGAGCAGCCAGAAGACUAUUAUCAAGCCUUCUUCUAGGAUGAAUGAAUUGUUUUCUUCCUCUGCAAACAGUGUUGUUCCUGUUACACGACAAAAACAGAUUUUUGACAACUGUGAACAUAUGCACAGAACUUUUUCAGAACAGGGAAGGCAAACUGUGGCAUCUAAAAAGACAUCUACUCAUCAUACACAGAAUUCGUUAUAUGCUGUCCAGCUGAGUCCUAUUCAAUCUGCAUUUGAUCCAGCACAAAGUAUGAAUAACACCUACAAGUCUGAAGAAGUUUCAGAAAGCACUGCUCAGUUUCUUAUGGCAGAAAAACUAGCAAGUACACCAGCUGCAGAAGAUGAAAUCCUGGCAGCUAUGGAAGGUGUGCAACCAGCAAGACAACCCUUUCUGCUUAACAGGGCUCCGUGUCUAGGCAUGAGUGCACUUUCAGUAGAAGAAGAGAAGAUUUUCCAGUCUCUUGAUCGUCUCAAUCAAAGGCUACAAAAUGUUCAAGAAGCCAUUACCAGAAAUCCAUCUGCCUCAGGUGUUUUACAGAUAAUCACUCCUUUAUAGUUACAUCUGAUGGUGCCGAAACUGACUGUGCUCCCAGCAUCAUACUUCUUCUGCUUCUCCUUCAUACUUCUACUGCUCCUGCACUUCUUCCUGAAUUUGUUGGAGAUUCCUGUUCUCCAGCUUUACUCAACGUUUUUCAACAUUUGCACUUAAAGAGCAGUUCUUCCUCAGCUCCUCAUGUGAAGGAACCCAGGCUGAAAUUGGCAGGAAAUUAGAAAGAAAAAUUCCUGGGGAAGGACAAGUACAACAAAGGGUAUGUAGAUGCACUUUCACUGAAGCACAGUGGGGAAACCUUUAUACGUCAAUGGCAGCUUUGGGCUAAAAUAAUUAUUCUAGAAUCACAACACCAUAAGUACUCAGCUAGCUCAACAGUAAAAUGUGAUUUUGGUUUUUCCUCAUGAGCUUUACCUUGGUAAUCCACAUUACACAAUCUCCACAUAAGGAGAAUUAAAAGCAACCAAAGUGGGGACAACAGGCCUGGAGAGGAGGACUCCAUUCCUGUUUUUAAGAUACACAGAUGGAGCCAAAUAAUAUAUUCUGCAUAAGUGUAUAUAUAUCCCAAGAACAUGACUAAGUGUCUUUCUGCAGAGCUUGGUGCACUUGCAGUUGCCUUUGUAAGUGGUUAUUUUGAAGGGCAAUUUGGUUUUGACAGUCUUGGACUGACAGAUUAUGCAUUGGUCCUUCAAUUUUAAGUUCACCUGCUGCAUGACUAUUAACAUGUCAACAGAUUUGUUUUGGUGAUGUUUGGUGAUAAACCUGUCUGUACUGUUAUACCAGUUCUAGAGCAAAGGCCUUUUGUUAGUUAACUAGAAUGACACCUAAAUCUGUGAGAUUUGAUAAUUUUUAAGGAGCAGUAACUUUUUAACCUCCUCUCUUUUUCUCUUCCUCUGCUGUUUCAGUGCAAAGUAAAUACUGCAAAAAGCUGUAGAAGCCAUACACAAUGCACAGAACCAGUCAACAAAUCUAAGCUGGUAACCAUCUUCAAGAAACAAUAAAAGCAAUUUACUAA